CCACAACUCACUUCCUCUCCUUCAUCUCGAACUACCGACAUGUCUGCCGAACCUACGAACUCGACGCCGCCCACUUCGACCAUCGAGGACGCCAUCGAACACGCUAAGCGUGCCUUUGCUCUCAGAAAAUAUGAGCAGGCGAUCGACCACUAUGCUACUGCGCUGGAGCUGUUGACGGCGGAACAUGGAGAAAAUGCCCCGGAGAUGGCGGACACCUAUUUCGCCUAUGGGAAGGCAUUAUUGGAGAAUGCCAUUUCCCAAAGCACGGUGCUAGGGAAGGAGCAGACAGAGGAAGCGGUCCAGGCGGUGGCGGGCGAGUUGACCAAGCCGGAGCCCAGUGGGAGCAAGUUCCUCUCCUUCUCGGGGGAUGGCGACGACACGGACGAGAUCGUACCCGGGAGCAAGGAAGACGUUGCCGUAGACCUCUUCGGUGAGGCGCAAAAGAUGGAAGAGGAAGAGGAAGAGGAAGAGGAAGAGGAAGACGAGGAGGAGGAGGGCGAGCCCGAGGACGAUUUCAACGCUGCGUGGGAAGUGCUCGAUCUCGCCCGCGCGCUAUAUGAAAAGCAGCAGGACGAAAACGACGAAGUGAAGCUCAAACUCGCAGAUACAUACCUUGCACUCGGCGACGUCUCGCUCGAAACAGAGAAGUUCGAACAGGCUAUAUCGGACUACGACGCCGCACUCGUGCUCAAGACCGAGCUCCUCCCGCAGUCGUCACGCCAGAUCGCCGAGGCGCACUACAAGCUGAGUAUCGUGCUCGACCUCACGUCCGGCCGUCUCAGCGAUGCGAUUAGCCACGCGGAACAAGCGCUGGCAAGCGUGGAGGCACGUUUGGCGGAGCUGCGGGACGCGUUGAGCGGGCAGGGUCUGGUACGCGUUGAUGAAGCAAAGUCUGACGCGAAGGGCAAAGGGAAGGCUACAGGCCCGCGCCUGCUAGGAGACGACGCCGUCUCCAAAAUGACCAAAAGCCAGAUGGGGGCAGAAGAAAAGGAGUUGCAAGAACUCAGGGAGGAUCUUGCGUUGAAGGUGGAUGAGCUAAAGACAUUGCCGGAUGAACAAGCCGAGUCUGCCCCCGCAAUGGCUCAGAAGGCUCUCGACCAGGAACUUAACACGAAGCCUGCCACUCAAGCGUCAACCGCGCCGCAGAAGGUCAACGACUUGACAGCCGUGGUGAAGAAGAAAAAGAAAACCCCUGACGCGAAUGGCGGCGCCAAGCGGAAAGCGGAGGACGAGCCUGCCCCGCCACAAUCAGAGAAAAAAGCGAAAGUAGAGGAUGCGGAGUCAUGAUGGCUUCAUUGUGGAAUCCCGUCUGACCGACCAGCUAUGAUCUGUAUCGUUACAUCUUGCAUUGCAUAGCUACGCCAUCUCGCAUCCUGGCCCCAUGAAGGUCGGCCGGGCUUAUAUCCAUCUACAUAUACUUCCUGUAUACCUAGCCAUAUGCAUACUCACGCCAGAAAUGGCACCGAAUGCGCCUCAAUCUGCCGAUGCUUGUAUCUCUUC